AUGCAAACAUACUCCGGGCUCUCGCAGCGCAGCGGAACGAGCACAGAUGCACGACAGGAUCUAGAACAAUUCAAAAAGGCUCAGAAUGUGGAUACAUGCUUAAGUCCGCGAUUGAAUUAUGAGACCGGGGAACCGAUCGACGAUCCAAAUUAUAAAAACUUGCAAAUGGACUGUGUGGCUCUUUUUGUCAUUCAGCUCGCGCAGAUGAUCACUUCCGGACUUCAGGCACGUUUCGUGACACGCGUGUUUAUUGCAGAGUUCUUUAUAACUAAUGCUGUAUAA